ACCCCUGAAGGAAAAACUAUUGAGGCAGAUUUCCCCAUCGUAGGUGUAGGCUGCCAUUCUUUAUUGCUAAAUACCAUACCGAAAGCUAAGAAGAUAUUGGACGACAUUCCCAACAUUGUCCUUGUAGAGAACUGCCAAGUGUCUUGUGUGGCUCCAGUAAUUGUAUCAGAAGUAAAGGAAGAGAAUGAAGGAGCAACGUUGACACUUUUCUGUCCUGGGGCAUCUCUGGAUACCAAGGUAGAGUGGAAGUUUGCCAGUCGGACUCUCAAACCGGACAAGCUGAAAGAAAAGACCGCGGGACGGAUGAGCAUCGAUGCCACGGAUGCCCUGCACAUCCGGGAUCUGCGGCCGACCGAUGCCGGCGAGUACGCGUGUACUCUGUACGAAGUCGAAAUAGGACUCGUGAGACUCAAAGGUCGGUUCAUUGUGGGCUACUGA